AUGGACGCUGGCGGCUCUGAACUCUUUGAAAGCUACGAGCAGGACUACGAGGCCAUCAAGGUCUCCAUCACCGAACGACUCAAUGCCUCUGGAAGCCAGGCUGGAGAGAUCAAGAAGCAAACCCUCCGUGCGGCAGACCGUGAGAUUGACGAGGCCAACGAAAUUUUGCAACAAAUGGAAAUGGAACUGUUGAACUUGCCACAAGGAUCCAAGACCCGCCUUCAAGCCAGGAUGCGUGCCUACAAAAUCGAUCUGGAGCGUAUCAAGCAAACUCUGGCAAGUCAAUCUGGAUAA